GGUUUAGUUGGAAACCGGGAGGCCGGGGCCGCCUCCCAACGCGCAUCUGCCAGCUUCUCUUGCUCCCUCUAUUCUGCGGAGCGGCGGCGACCUCGGCCUCCACUAGUGUCUCCGGUGGAGUGAAGCUGCAGCCAGGAUGGUGUUGCUGGGCUUACUGCAGGCGGGUGGGUCGGUGCUGGGACAGGCAAUGGAGCAGGUGACAGGCGGCAGCCUCCUCUCCACGCUACUGAUCGCCUGCGCUUUCACCCUCAGCCUGGUUUACCUGUUCCGCCUCGCUGUCAGCCACAUGGUCCAGCUGCCACCCGGAGCGAAAAGUCCACCGUACAUUUACUCUCCAAUUCCAUUCCUUGGGCAUGCCAUAGCAUUUGGGAAAAGUCCAAUUGAAUUCCUAGAAAAUGCAUAUGAUAAGUAUGGACCUGUAUUUAGUUUCACCAUGGUGGGAAAGACGUUUACUUACCUCCUGGGGAGUGAUGCUGCUGCACUGCUGUUUAACAGUAAAAAUGAGGAUCUGAACGCAGAAGAUGUCUAUGGCCGUCUGACAACACCCGUCUUUGGAAAGGGUGUUGCGUAUGAUGUGCCUAAUGCGGUUUUCUUGGAGCAGAAGAAAAUGUUAAAAAGUGGCCUUAACAUAGCCCACUUUAAACAGCAUGUUUCUAUAAUUGAAAAAGAAACAAAAGAAUACUUUGAAAGUUGGGGAGAAAGUGGAGAAAAAAAUUUGUUUGAAGCGCUUUCUGAGCUCAUAAUUUUAACAGCCAGCCAUUGUCUACAUGGAAAGGAAAUCAGAAGUCAACUCAAUGAGAAGGUUGCACAGCUGUAUGCAGAUUUGGAUGGAGGUUUUACCCAUGCAGCCUGGCUGUUGCCAGGUUGGCUGCCUCUGCCUAGUUUCAGACGCAGGGACAGAGCCCAUCGGGAGAUCAAGAAUAUUUUCUAUAAGGCAAUCCAGAAACGCAGGCAGUCCGAAGAAAACAUUGAUGACUUUCUCCAAACUUUACUAAACUCUACGUACAAGGACGGGCACCCACUGACAGAUGAUGAAGUAGCAGGGAUGCUUAUCGGGCUGCUCCUGGCGGGACAGCACACGUCCUCAACAACUGGUGCCUGGUUGGGCUUCUUUUUGGCCAGGGACAAAACACUUCAAGAGAAGUGUUAUCUGGAGCAGAAAACCGUCUGUGGAGAGGGUCUGCCUCCUCUAACAUAUGACCAGCUCAAGGAUCUAAAUUUACUUGACCGCUGCAUAAAAGAAACAUUGAGACUUAGACCUCCGAUAAUGACCAUGAUGAGAAUGGUCAAAACUCCUCAGACUGUGGCAGGGUAUACCAUUCCUCCAGGACAUCAGGUGUGCGUUUCUCCCACUGUCAAUCAAAGACUCAAAGACUCAUGGGUAGAACGCCUGGACUUUAACCCUGAUCGCUAUCUACAGGACAACCCAGCAUCUGCAGAGAAGUUUGCCUAUGUGCCCUUUGGAGCUGGACGUCAUCGUUGUAUUGGGGAAAAUUUUGCUUAUGUUCAAAUUAAGACAAUUUGGUCCACUAUGCUUCGUUUAUAUGAAUUUGAUCUAAUCGAUGGAUAUUUUCCCGUUGUGAAUUACACAACCAUGAUUCACACUCCUGAAAACCCACUAAUCCGUUACAAACGAAGAUCAAAAUGAAAAAAACUACAAGGAAUUAACAUGAUACAACAUUGUAAGCUACAAAAGCAUUUGAAGAGAAUGAAGUUUAUGAAACA